AUGGCUAUGCCCAUGCAGCCACCUCCGUCGGUAUUUACCCUCGGCGAAGCAGUCUGUUUCGUAUCGCCAUCGUCCAAGUAUAAAAGUACGCUGUCCAACGGCCUAUCGGUCUCAGGGCCAUGUACAGUCAUUCGUGUCUCCAGUCUUCAUAUCACACCAGCGUACCUCAUUAAGGCUCGAGAAAAGCUUUCACAAGUUGACGUUUGGACGACCGAAUUUUUUCCAAACCUCAUUUUCCAAUACCAGAAUUCUCGCCAAAUCAUCCAACUCAGCGCUGCUGCCCAAAAGAUACUCGAAACUUGGGGGGACCGAGUAUUAUCUAUCGAAAACUCAGAAACUUUGGACGCGCCAUCUGGGCCAUAUUACUGCAAUGGUGGUCAGCUACACGAGGUUUAUCGGUUAUAUCCCGAUACAUCUGGGGCGUUUAUCAGUGCGACGAUUCAGUCACCAAAUGACCCAUAUCUCUACAAGUCCUUCAAUGUGUCAGUAUUCACAGAAGAGUACCCUUCAACCUUGACCAUCGGUGUGCCUUCACGCCUAUACUUUACGCCUACCGAGGAAAAGCCAUUAGCUGGGCUGCGUAUCGCAGUCAAAGACACCCAAAACGUUCGUGGGGUCAAGACGACAGGCUCGUCUCGUGCCUGGGCCCAACUUCAUGGGCCUCAGGAAAAAAGCGCCACCGGGGUACAACGCCUGCUGGACCAUGGCGCCAUCGUGGUCGGCAAACUAAAGUCAACACAGUUUGGCGAGAGUGAAUGGGCUACCAGUGAUUGGGUGGACUACCAUGCGCCGUGGAAUCCACAGGGAGAUGGCUAUCAAACUCCAAGCGCGAGUAGCUCUGGUAGCGCCGCUUCUGUGGCCGCCUAUGAAUGGUUAGAUUUGUCUACUGGAACAGAUUGUAGUGGAAGCGUUAGAGCUCCUGCCGCUAUUCAUUGGCUCUUUGCGAUCCGGCCGUCGACAAAUGCGAUAGAUAAUCAAGGCGUCAUCCCAUUCUCAAAGAACUUCGAUACUUUUGGAAUCUUUACGAGAGAUAUAGAAAUUCUUGCGUCAACAUCAUCGGUUCUAUAUAAUCAAAAGGAGGAGAUUCCUGCCUGUUUCAAGAAUCCCACGAGGAUUAUAUAUCUUAGUGAAUAUUGGCCAGUUGAAGACGAGGCAAGCUCAGCAAUAUUUGAAAGCACUGUCCGACAACUUGAGAACACUCUUGGUAUAAAACGAACUGAGCUCAGCCUAGGCAAACUUUGGUCGGAAACAAACACUGUUGGAACCGAACUCUCGAUUGACGAUUAUUUCAACACGACAUUUGUCACUGCGUCUUCUCCCGAUCAAUGGGCCAUGCUAAAGAAAUUCCAUGCAGAAUACGAGAGCGCGUUUGGCCACGCUCCUCCACUAAAUCCCCAACUCCAGUGGAAAAUCUAUAGGGACGAAUAUGGAGAACGCCCGUCUUGGACUGGCGAAGGGUGGUUUUUUUAUUUUAUUGCGGUAUAUGCAGGGGCUCCCGAAGUUAUUUUGCCUAGCAGGAAGUGGCUUCCUGUGGCUAUUGGGCUAAUAGGUGCAAGAGGCACAGAUGCAGCCUUCACCACUUUUAUUAAGGACAUAGUGAAGGCCGCAAAACUUCCAGCCACUGUCAACGUUGGUCGGACUGCAUUCAAGUCAAAAAUAUUUGAGACCAACAAAGCCAUCACUGCUUCUGCAGAAAAAGUACUAAUACAUCAAGAUCCUGAUCGGAUAUGA